AUACGAAAACCAUCAAUUCAAAACUAAUAAAUACUUAUUCAUAUACAAUGUCUGCUGCUACCCAUGCUAUUAAGAGAACCUCCAUCCUCAGCUUAUACGCUAAGCACGUCCCAACUUUAGGUAUUUGGGCUGCUGGUCUUACUACAUUCUUUUUCUGGCCAUAUGCAUCUUCCAAGGUUUCUAACAAGGUGCACCAUGUUCCAGCUCGUUCUUAGAACAACCCCAAUCACGAUAUUUAUUAAUAUUAAUGCAUAAUGUUUAAACGAAGAAAUUUUG